AUGUCGUCCAUCCUCGCCUCUCUCGACAUGAGUCUCGACGACCUCAUUGCGCGCAAAAAGCCCAAGGCCAGCAACCCGUCGUCGCGUCCAGCGAGGCAGAACAAGGACAAAGACACUGUCGGUCCCAUUCGAGGGGGACGCCGACGCAAUGCUAGUCGGAAGACCCAGCCCUAUGCGCGAUCUCGCGGCGGUAAUGAGGACGACAUGGACAUUGACGUAGAUGACGCUGUUGACAAUGGCAGCCGUAGCAGCAAGAAGCGCUCGGUGGUUAUCAAAAAGGUCGGCAAUGGGGGCAAGAAAGGCGGUGGCGUGUCCAUUCUGUCGCGUCUUGGCAGCAAGGACUCGACUGGCUCUGGCACGAAGAUCUUGGUCAAGAAUUUAAAGUUUGACAUUCUGGAGGAAGAAGUGCGCGAGCUCUUUGGCACAGUAGGGGAAGUGUCAAAGGCGGAGAUCGUGUACGAUCGUUCCGGUCGAUCGAAAGGCAUUGCCCGUGUCUGGUUCACCCGUCGAUCCGAUGCAGACAAGGCCAUUAAGCAAUACGAUGGACGUACGCUGGACGGCCUGCCAAUGCAGAUUACACUGGACUCUGACAAAAACGUUCGCAACGGAUUGUUUGGGACGGCUCUGAAGCGUGACGACAAGGAUGUCAAAUUCAAUGUGUCUUUCGGAGGAAACAAAGACAACGAGCAGUCGAACGGCCGCCGAAACAGACGUCGCGGGCGCGUUAACGAGAAGGGCAGUCAUGGUAACCGCGAGUCUGCUCCAUCCAAGACCACUGAAGACCUUGACAACGAGAUGGACACGUACAUGAACGACGCAUAA